GCUGAUUUCUUGUUUUGCCUUUUUGUGGCUUGGAUUGGAUGUUUCCAAUUGACUGCCACCAAGACGUAAAACAUUAAAAAAAAACAUCUCUAGACAAAUUCAAAUGAUCUGAAACGAAAAGAAAAUCAUCAGAGCUCAGUUCGUGAUUAUAGUUUCAAGUGUUUACAGCUUAUUGUGGGGAAAUUAAAGCAGAGCAAACAUAUAAAAUGAUAAGAACAUUGCUGACAAAACACGUUUCCAAAUCCACAUUGAUCGCGCCUUCUGUGAGAUGUUUUGCAUCACCCCCUGCUGGGGGUAAGGUUGAGUGUACAGCACUAUAUGAUUUCCAUGUUAAGAAUGGUGGCAAAAUUGUCAACUUCGGAGGCUAUUCACUGCCCGUGCAAUAUUCCGAUCAAGGUAUAUCGGCCUCACAUUUGCACACCCGCAAAUUUGCUUCGAUUUUCGAUGUUUCCCACAUGUUGCAAACCUAUGUACGUGGCAAAGAUGCUGUGGAGUGCAUGGAAUCGGUGUGUACGGCUGAUAUACGAGGAGCUGCUGAUGGUACAGGUUCCCUGACUGUUUUCACCAAUGAACAGGGAUGUAUUUUGGAUGAUUUAAUUGUCAAUAAGGUCAAGAAAGAUUUGCUUUACGUUGUGUCCAAUGCUGCCAUGAAAACCCAAGAUAUGGCCAUAAUGGAGGCAGCUGUUAAUACAUUUAAAUCUCAGGGCAAAGAUGUGGCUAUCGAAUUUAUGACAUCUGCCGAUCAAUCGUUGAUUGCUGUACAAGGACCCACAGCUGUUAAGGCCUUGUCGGCCGUAACAAAGACCGACCUGAGCAAAUUAUACUUCAUGAAUACCCUGGUGACGGAAGUGGCUGGUGUGGGCAAUUGCCGCAUUACCCGCUGUGGUUACACGGGUGAAGAUGGUGUUGAAAUUUCCAUACCUUCCAGUCAUGUGGAACAGGUCACCGAAGCCCUACUGCAGCAAACCAAACAACAAGUGAAAAUGGCCGGUUUGGGAGCACGUGAUUCAUUGCGCCUGGAGGCGGGUCUCUGUCUAUACGGAAGCGAUAUUGAUAACAAAACAACACCCAUUGAGGCGGCACUUGCCUGGUUGGUUGCCAAGCGCCGUCGGGCCGAGGAAAAUUUCCCCGGUGCCCAGGUGGUGAAUCGACAACUCAAAGAGGGUGUUCAACGUCGUCGUGUGGGCUUGAAAAUGGAUCCAGCUGCCAAACCACCACCAGCCCGUGCCGGUGUUGAAAUCUACAAGGAUUCUCAAAAGGUGGGUCACAUUACCAGCGGUUGUCCCAGUCCUUCGUUGAACAUCAACAUAGCCAUGGGCUAUAUUCAGGAGCAAUUGAAACAAGCUGGCACUCAUGUUCAAUUGAAGAUACGCGAUCGUUUCUAUAGCGCUGAAGUGGCUAAAAUGCCAUUCGUCAAGACUAGCUAUUAUGUAAAGCCCAAAUAAUGAGGCGAUUAGCUUUAAGCAAAAGUAAAAACAACAAUGAAGUAAUUGUGUGCCAUAAUUUUAAAUAAUAACAAUAAUAAUAUAACAACAAA